GUUUUCCCAGUUUGAUUACUAUAUUCUCUGCGCCCAAUUAUCUCGAUGUUUAUAAUAAUAAAGCUGCUAUUCUUAAAUACGAAAAUAACGUGAUGAAUAUUCGUCAAUUUAAUUGUUCGCCUCAUCCGUAUUGGUUACCCAAUUUCAUGGAUGUCUUUACAUGGAGUUUGCCGUUCGUUGGUGAAAAAGUUACCGAAAUGCUUGCUAACAUUCUCAAUAUUUGUUCUGAUGAAGAAUUAGGAAAUGAUAAUGAACCGAUUGACGAAGUAGAUAUGACAAGUGAAGCUGCAUUAGCUGCACGCAAAGAAGUGAUACGAAAUAAAGUACGAGCGAUCGGAAAGAUGGUUCGCUAUUUUGCCACAUUGAGAGAACAAAGUGAAGAUAUUCUCACACUGAAAGGUUUAACUCCAAGCGGCCAAUUACCACUGGGUACACUUGAAGGAGGAAAAUCAGCGAUUGAACAAGCCAAACAAUUGAUUGCUGAUAAGAAGAAAAUCACAUUCGAAGAAGCGAAACGCUUAGAUAAAAGUAAUGAGAUUAUGCCUCCAUGGCAACAACUGCAUCCGUCAUCGUCGGGCUUAACAUCGGGCAUUGGUUCGAGUAAUACAGCAUCUUCUAAUAGUGGCUCGUCAUCACCACGACCUAGUGGCACCUCGUCCCCAGCCAAUGCAUUAGCUGAUGCGUCGUCAAGUGUAACGACAAAUCUCUUAAUUGAUUCAACAAACACAAAUUGUAAUGGUAAUGAUAAAACAUCUGGAAAACCUUCAACUCAACAAUCAUCAUCACAUCAUCGAACGAAGUGA